UGCCAGGUUACGCUAGUACCGAGAGAGGCAAUAGAAGAAAGAAAACGGUAAAAGUCUAAGUAUUCAUAAAUCGGGACAGAUUCAUAAAUAUUAACAACAGGCCGAACAGGGAAAUAUGGAGACUUCCGACGGAGAGUUCCCGGCAACCAGCAGUGCGACGACUGAAACGACGGUGUUUGAGCAAGCGUUUUUGGAGAAUGACGAUGCUCAGGAUCUCGAAUUGCUGGUCGAUACAGCACCCGCUGACUCGCCAACUGGUACCAGCCAUUCGGAUGCAGUAGCAGGGGAAUGCUCCGGGCAGCAGCAAGGGAAUUCGUCAUCGGACUCGGACAGUGACAGUGACAGUAGCGUCGGCCAACGUCGAGAUGCCGAUGGAACUACGACGCCUUCCAAGAAAGUGGAGUCGCACAAACUCGAUCAUAGCUAUUCCCUACCGCCACUUGAUAUGAACGACCUCGGCGUGCAGACACCUUCCGAUUAGGAGGAAGAAAUCGAUGUCGUGUCAGUCGGUGACAAGAACUUGCCGACGAAUCCCACAGCUCGCGAUCGGCGCGCUCUCCAGUCAACGGUGGCCAGCAAGAUUCGCAAGCAGCAAGCAGAGGCAUCGUCACGCCACGCGGCGUCCGGUUCGGCGCAGUACGGCGGAAGCUGCUUACAUCGCCAACAGCACAAUCGUGUCGACGAUGAUCGCUACGUUAGUGGUUCGCAUUCGCUGAACGCUAGCGGUGGAGGUGGCGUCAACCUGAUGCUCAGUAUCUAUCCGACUCCCGCCGGUUCAACGACGAUUUCCGGUGCGAAUACUCCACUGCUGACCGGCAGCGGCUGCUCGAGUGUUGCUUCAUCUCCACCACCGGUUCCAUCGUCCGGUCGCAAACGGUCUGGUAUUACUAGUAGUAGCAGUGUGAGAAGCAGCAACAGUAAACACCAUCGCGGCAGUUCAUCAUCCGUGAAACGGUCGCGCCGGCAAGGGAAGAAAUCCGCAUCGUCAACCAGUACCAGUAGAGCAGCAGACCCGCACUGCGACGUUACCCCACAAGAGCCGGAUUCGGCGGAAAAACGUAACCUACAUAACAACAUGGAACGCCAGCGCCGAAUCGGCUUGAAGAACCUGUUCGAGGAGCUGAAACGUCAGAUACCAAGUCUGCGGGACAAAGAUCGUGCCCCGAAAGUGAACAUACUGCGCGAGGCGGCCCUCCUUUGCACACGUCUCAACGAUGAAACAGAAGAGUUAAUGGAAUUGCGCCAGCGACAGAAGAAGUUGUACGAACGUGUCCGACAUCUCCGCUCCUCGAUUCAUAGUCAGCGACAUCAAGCGGUCGAAUAAGUAAGGAAUGAGCAGCAGCAGCAGCAGCAGCAGCAGCAGCAGCA